AUGGAAUACAAAUCCUUUGGUACAUGUGCCUAUAAGCAAGGAUUCACUCAAGGAGCCAACUAUUCACCUGUAUUAAGCGUAAUAGCAUUAGAAAUGGCUGGAUUUGGUAACAUGCCAGGAUUGUUAAUGGGUGCGGACGAUGGAUUAAUAGAAAUUAAUUCUCACCUUGAAAGCAACAUCAAUAAAUUGAAGAAAGCUGAAUAUGGUAUCCAUCUAGCAGAAGAUAAGUAUUUUGGUCCGUGCCAAGAUAAAUUUAAAUUCUUUGGGUGA